AGAAUCAGACAAUUCCAUGCAAAAGGUUAAUCAUUAAUGAACUGCUAGUCCUCACUACCCGCCGGCGACAAGAGGCCCCCUUCUGUCCCUCCACCACCGGGAACGAGCUUGGCCUGGUGUCUGUGGGCAAAGGCGCCAUGAGACGCCGCCAGGCCCUUCCGCUGCUGCUCCUUCUCUGUGCGCUUCUUGCUGAAGUGAAGCCCGAAGGCAGAAGAAAGAAAGGCUCCCAUCGGCAGCUGCUUCCCACGAGGAGAGGCUCUCUCCACUUCGAGGCCACGUUCCUGCUGUAUUCCAACAGGGCAGAGCAGGGCUGCCUGAUUAAGCCCAGCCAGGAGGAGGCGCUCAAGCAGUGUCCCUUCAACGCCUCCCUCCCACUGGUGAUGAUCAUCCAUGGGUGGUCGGUGGACCGGAGACUCGAAGGCUGGAUUUGGAAACUGGCCGAAGAGCUCAAAACCCAACUGCCUGACACCAACGUUAUCAUCACCGACUGGCUCUCUCUAGCACAUGCACAUUACCCCAUUGCAGUGCAGAAUACGCGAGAUGUCGGCCAAGAGAUUGCUCGCUUCCUGGAAUGGCUGGAGGAAACCGCGCAGUUUCACCGGAGCAAGGCUCACCUGGUGGGGUACAGCCUGGGGGCCCAUGUAGCUGGUUUUGCUGGCAGCUCCAUGAGAGGCAACGGGAAGAUUGGCAGGAUUACCGGCCUGGACCCUGCAGGCCCCCUCUUUGAAGGCAUGUCCCCCACAGACCGGCUCUCACCAGACGACGCUGAUUUUGUGGACGCCAUCCAUACCUUCACCCAGCAGCACAUGGGCCUCAGUGUCGGCAUCAAGCAGCCUGUGGCGCACUUCGACUUCUACCCCAACGGGGGAACUUUCCAACCUGGCUGCCACAUCAUGCACGUCUACAACCACAUUGUGCAGUAUGGAAUUACAGGGCUGACCCAGACAGUGAAGUGUGCCCAUGAGAGGUCGGUCCAUCUAUUUAUUGACUCCCUGCGGUACAGCCAGAAGCAGAUCACAGGCUAUUGGUGCAAGAACAUGCAGAUGUUUGACAAGGGACGCUGCCUUGAUUGCCGGGCCCACCGGUGCAACACCCUGGGCUACCACAUUCAGAAGGCCAGGGUCCCUGGCAGCCAGAAGCUCUUCCUGAAGACCCAACCUCAAAUGCCCUUCAAAGUUUAUCACUAUCAGUUUAAAAUCCAUUUCAUCCACGAAUUCCAAGAACCACGAAUUGAUCCAACGUUCACUAUCUCGCUGACUGGCAACAAAGAUGACGUGGAAAAUCUCUCCAUCACUUUAACGGAAGGCAUCACUCAGAAUAAAACCUAUACUUUCCUUGUCCCUCUGGAUAUUGAUAUUGGAGAGCUGAUGAUGAUCAAACUGAAAUGGGAAGGAACGGCCAUCUGGGAAAACAUUUGGGACACUGUUCAAACCAUCAUCCCUUGGAGAAAGGGGGACCGUCGGCCAGGACUCAUUGUGACAUCCAUUCGAGUCAAGGCAGGAGAAACUCAGCAGAAAAUGAUGUUCUGUUCUCAGCUUGUGGAUAAUUUGCACCUCUAUCCAGGUCAUGAGAAAAUGUUUGUGAGAUGUGAAGUCAGUUCCCAAAAGCUGAAAUGAGAGUAUGGAUGAUAAGCAAACGUUUGAAAAAGCUGGUCCAGAGGGGAGGCGCCUCAGCUUUAUCUUUUCAUUAGAAAAAGAAGAGAAAAAAGGAACACUUCUUUUUGUACAAGCACACCAACAUGGAACCUAAAAAAAGUGAUGGAUCAGGAUGUACUGUAAAUUGUAUACAUUCAAGACUAGAUUGAGUAAACAAAUAAAAAGUGAAUAAAAAACUGAAACUAAAUCUGCCUUGUGCAGAAAGACAAUGACAAAUCCACGUCUUUGGACUAAAAAGUAUUUUUUUUCCUUGAAAGGGAGGUUAUGCUCUUUAAGAAGUUAGGCUUUCUGGCAUUACUGUUACUGGUCUGGCUGGGAGGAGGGGGCGGGGAGGGUUUUGGCCAUGCUGGCUUUGGCAGAUAAGAGCUGGACUCCAAAAACAUUUGAACGGCUCACUCUGAUGCACAAACACAUUUGCAAAGUAAAAUCAAAUACAAUUACUUCAUUAAAAAUUAGGGUUGAAAAAGCAGCAAUUUGGAAGAAGAGACCGCUUCAUGUUGCCUAAGGUUGCCCUGGGGAGAAAGCCAGCUCUGUUUGGAAAAGCAUUCAGUGGAGGCCCCACUGUCCAUCUGGAUUGAAGCUCUGAAGAUUAAUCCCAGUCAAACACCUCAAAGGGUAGGAAAUAGAGAGAAGGGAAGAGGGCCAGCGGAAGGCUAGCAACGAGUACUUUCAGAGUUUAGGCUGACCUUGCUGGUAAGGAUUGUGCCACAAGCUUGGGGAAAAGGAGGCGGAGCUGCAUCCCAUCUCUGUCAUAUGGCACAAACUUAUAUUAAAUAUUUUGCAAUUUGCAUCUCUUGCUGACUGCUGUCCAGAAUCCCAGGAUAAUAAUAUAGCAAUCUAGUUGCAGGAGUGCAAAGAAUAGAGUAGCUGUGCAAAUUAAUAUUUUCAGAAAGGUGAAGCAAAAGGCUUCAUCUUCUAAUUGGGUGCUCCAUUUUCAAUAGAAUCCAGCAAUAGGAGCUGCCUUGCCAAGCCAGCUAUCACUUUUUUUUAAAUUUGCAUUUAUAUCCCGCCCUUCUCCGAAGACUCAGGGCGACUUACAUUGUGUUAAGCAAUAGUCUUCAUCCAUUUGUAUAUUAUAUACAAAGUCAACUUAUUGCCCCCCAACAAUCUGGGUCCUCAUUUUACCUACCUUAUAAAGGAUGGAAG